CUUGUUUUGAAGUAAUUACGUCAAAUGUUGUAUAGAGUAUUCAAUUCCUUCUGUUGUAGCCGACUUUAUAGUGAAGAGUCUGAAGACGUAUCUCUCUCUCUCUCUCUCUCGUCAGCAUCUUUUGUCCGUUUGUUCUUCCCCGGAGAAAACUCAGAUUCUUUCCUCUCCCCGUAAUUGGGAUUGGUAGAAGAAGCCUAAAAAGGGUUUUCUGACAAAACAUUUUGAGUGUUUUGUUACUCCCCCUUAACCAUUUUGUGGGUUUACUCUCUUGUAUGCUGCUAAAAAAAACCCAACUUUGGAUUAUAAUCGUUUGCUUCUGUUUGUCGUGUGGCUAGAGAUUGAGCUGACCCCACUUGGGUUUCAUAAGGGAGAGUGAUGCAUGUGAAAAUUAUUGUCUUCUUUUUAAUCAGUGUUUGCAUCUGAGCUGUGUUUCAGCACUUCAGUUGCUCUAUCUUCAAUUUUCUUCUUUGGGUUAUUUGUUCGGAUAGCUUAUGGGGGUUUAAAUGAAGUCUGUAUCAAUACUUCUUUUAGUUUUGCUCGACUCUCAGAGCCUCUGGUAGUUUUGGUUCCUUUAGCGUGGCUGUCGAUUCCUUGCUUGAUUUGGGUAGAUAGAAAGUGAGGUUUGAAUUCAGUUAUUGGCUAUUGGUUUGGAGAUUGGAUUUGACAAAAUUCUGUCUUCAAUCGCUUUGCAUGAUUAGAUUUGACUUUCUUUCUAUUUGAUUUGAAAUUUUGGUUCUAGAUUUAGACUUGUGUUUAAUUUUUUGCGGGGUUUAUAUCUAGACAAGGGGAUAUCGAGAUACAGUUUGUUGAAGCUGAAAAAUACAAUAGGAAUUGAGUUUCUGAUGGCUGCAACAGUAGAAAUUGAUGAUGACAAUGAGAACAACAAAGGCAGUAUGUGGGUUUUGGAUCAGAAGCUUGAUCAGCCCAUGGAUGAGGAGGCUGGCAGGCUCAGGAAUAUGUACAGAGAAAAGAAGUUCUCCUCCUUAUUGCUUCUGCGGCUUGCAUUCCAGAGUCUUGGAGUAGUUUAUGGAGACUUGGGAACUUCUCCAUUGUAUGUUUUCUACAAUACAUUUCCUCAUGGAAUCGGAGAUCCAGAAGAAGUUAUUGGGGCUCUUUCAUUGAUAAUAUACUCUCUUACUCUUAUCCCACUCCUCAAGUACAUAUUCAUUGUUUGCAGAGCAAACGACAAUGGUCAAGGUGGAACAUUUGCUCUUUAUUCAUUGCUUUGUCGACAUGCAAAAAUAAAAACUAUUCCGAACCAACACCGGACUGAUGAGGAACUAACAACGUAUAGUCGUUCUACUUUCCAUGAGCAAUCAUUUGCUGCAAAAACAAAGAGAUGGUUGGAGAGCCGUGCAUCCAGAAAGAAUGCACUUCUCAUUCUUGUCCUUGUGGGUACCUGCAAUGUGAUAGGGGAUGGGAUUCUUACCCCAGCUAUAUCAGUUCUGUCAGCUACUGGUGGGAUUAAGGUGGACCAUCCAAAUAUGAGUAACAGUAUGUCCUUACUUUUGAGAGUAGUUUGUCUUUCAAUCUCUACUGUUCUUCUGUCAAAUCCUCUGCUGUUUAUAAAUUCUAAAUCUUUAAUAGUUACUCCCGUUGCUUGUGGUACAGGUGUAGUAGUGAUUGUUGCUGUCAUGAUAUUAGUAGGAUUGUUCAGCAUGCAACACUAUGGAACGGAUAAGGUUGGCUGGCUCUUUGCUCCUAUUGUGCUUCUUUGGUUUCUUAUGAUUGGAGGUGUUGGAUUGUUCAACAUAUGGAAGCAUGAUAAACGUGUUUUGAAGGCAUUCUCGCCUGUUUAUAUUUAUCGGUAUUUUCAAAGGGGAGGAAAAGAUGGUUGGACCUCUCUUGGUGGUAUUAUGCUGAGUAUAACAGGGACAGAGGCACUGUUUGCUGAUCUAGCCCAUUUUCCACUUUCAGCUGUACAGCUUGCUUUCACAGUAAUUGUAUUUCCUUGCCUUCUCUUAGCCUAUUGUGGACAAGCUGCGUACCUUGUAAAUAACAAGGAACAUGUUAUCGAUGCAUUUUAUCGUUCUAUACCAGAUGGCAUAUAUUGGCCAAUGUUUAUUGUUGCAACUGCAGCUGCUAUAGUAGCAAGUCAGGCGACCAUAACUGCAACAUUUUCAAUAAUCAAGCAAGCUCUAGCACAUGGUUGUUUCCCGAGAGUCAAAGUUGUUCAUACCUCAAAGAAGUUCCUUGGCCAGGUGUAUAUUCCAGAUAUUAAUUGGAUCCUUAUGGUGCUUUGCAUUGCUGUGACUGCUGGAUUCAAGAAUCAAAGCCAAAUUGGAAAUGCUUAUGGGACAGCAGUCGUAAUAGUCAUGCUGAAUACCACACUGAUUAUGACUCUAAUCAUGUUAUUGGUCUGGCGCUGCCAUUGGUUUCUUGUGCUGCUCUUUACUGGCUUGUCACUGAUCGUGGAGUGUACUUACUUCUCUGCUGUACUCUUUAAGGUUAAUCAAGGUGGGUGGGUUCCUCUUGUAAUUGCAGCGGCUUUUCUUCUCAUCAUGUAUGUUUGGCAUUAUGGUACCGUAAAAAGGUAUGAAUUUGAGAUGCACAGCAAGGUUUCCAUGGCAUGGAUUCUUGGACUUGGUCCGAGUUUAGGACUGGUCCGGGUUCCAGGCGUCGGACUUGUAUACACCGAACUGGCUAGUGGGGUGCCACACAUCUUUUCUCACUUCAUAACAAAUCUGCCUGCCAUCCAUUCUGUAGUUGUUUUUGUCUGUGUGAAGUACCUUCCCGUAUACACAGUUCCAGAAGAAGAGAGGUUCCUUGUGAAGCGUAUUGGACCCAAGAACUUCCACAUGUUCAGAUGCGUUGCAAGGUAUGGCUAUAAAGACCUGCAUAAGAAAGACGACGAUUUUGAAAAGAAGCUCUUUGAUAACCUAUUCCUGUUUCUGCGGCUUGAGCAUAUGAUGGAAGGUUGCUCAGACUCGGAUGAUUGUAGUUUAUAUGGGCAGCAAACAGAGCAGUCAAGAGAUUGCCUUUUGAGUUAUAAUAAUGGAAACACAACUUCUUCCGGCAUCGAUCUCACAAUCUCAACUGUGGACUCAAUCGUACCCAUCAAGUCUCCGACGAACGUGGAUUUGACCGUCAGGUCAUCUGGUCAUGCAAGCAGCCAGACAGAGGUGGAUGAAACAGAAUUUUUAAUUCAUUGUAGAGAUGCUGGGGUGGUGCACAUACUCGGAAAUACAGUGAUUAGGGCAAGGAGGGAUUCCAGAUUCUACAAGAAGAUCGCAGUUGAUUAUAUAUAUGCAUUUCUUCGGAAGAUAUGUAGGGAGAAUAGUGUGAUCUUCAAUGUUCCUCAUGAGAGUCUUUUGAAUGUUGGACAGAUAUUCUAUGUAUAACUAGCUCUCCACCCGCGCAAAGCGCGGGUGACUUUCUUUUUGACAUUUUUCUCAUUAGUUUUGGAGGAGUAUUUGUUGGUGAGAAAAUGUCUGUUUUAUGAUUUGUUCUGGUGAGGAAGAUUCCUCGGUUUUAUGUUGUUUUAUGUAUUAAGCUUAAAUAUGGGCUCGAUUUCUAUUAACAGUUUUAGUUUUUGUGUUUGCUUGA